AAUGACAUUAUUAUAGAAAUGUCACUAAAAAGUUAUGACUAAAAAUUUAUUUUUUUUAACUGAAAACAUUUUUUACAUUUUAACACAAUGACCACUUCCUGGAAUUACCCUGAACCUGCCCUCCAAAAUGAACUCCGAAAAAUAGCUGAGGCGAUAGUAACACCUGGUAAAGGAAUAUUAGCAGCAGACGAAUCUGUAUCAACUAUGGGCAAGCGUUUGAAAGAUAUAAAUACUGAAAAUACUGAAGACAAUAGACGUAAAUACAGACAGUUACUAUUCACAACUUGUCCAGUUAUAGGAAAUUUUAUUUCCGGCGUAAUUCUGUUUCAUGAAACUGUAUACCAAAAAACUGACGACGGUACUCCAUUUGUGGAAUGCCUAAAGAAAAGGGGUAUUAUUCCUGGAAUAAAGGUAGAUACUGGAGUCGUUCCUCUUUUUGGAAGCAACGAAGAAUGUACUACACAAGGUCUUGAUGAUUUAGGUAAGAGGUGCAUGCAAUAUAAGAAAGAUGGCUGUCAUUUUGCUAAAUGGCGCUGCGUGUUAAAAAUAGGCAAAGAUACACCUUCCAUACAGGCGUUAAUAGAAAAUGCAAACGUUUUAGCUCGUUAUGCGUCUGUUUGUCAAGCUAAUAGAAUCGUACCCAUAGUGGAGCCUGAAAUUUUGCCAGAUGGAGACCAUAGUCUUCUACUCUGCCAGAAAACAACAGAAACAGUGUUAGCUUAUGUCUAUAAAGCUUUAUACGAUCACAAUGUAUAUUUAGAAGGAACUUUACUAAAACCAAAUAUGGUUACUGCUGGACAAUCGUGUCCCAAAAAGGCUAGUCCAGAAGAAAUAGCUGAUGCUACAGUAACUGCUUUCCAGAGGAGAGUCCCUUGUGCUGUACCUGGUGUUACGUUUCUAUCCGGUGGACAAUCUGAGGAAGAAGCAACUAUUAACCUAAACGCUAUGAAUCAAUAUCCCGGGACGAGACCAUGGGCAUUGACGUUUAGUUAUGGUCGUGCUUUACAAGCCUCCGUUUUAAGAGCUUGGGGUGGAAAAGAUGAGAAUAUUAAAGCUGGUCAGGAUGAGCUGCUUAAAAGAGCUAAAGCCAAUAGCGAUGCUGCUCUAGGUGUAUAUGUAGCUGGUAGUGUUGAAGGUAAAGCUGGUGGGGCCGAUUUAUUUGUUAAAGGUCAUGUUUACUAAAUUAUUAUGUAUCAAAACCAACGAACUGUCAAUACUGAUGGAAUAGGCAUGAAGAAAAUUAAUGCCGCCAACAUACAAGAGAGAGGUCCUAGAGAGACAGAGAAUUUUUCAGGUAAAAUUUGACAGGCCGUGUAAUUCCAGUUGCCUAUAUCAACUUAAAUCGGGAAAAUAGACCUCAUAUUUUUUAAAUUUUAUUAAUUUAACUUAAUUUUUAAAUACUGCCUAUCAGCCCUGGUACCAAGUUAAAAAAUAUGAGGUCCAUUUCCCCGAUUUAAGUUGUUAUAUUAUACGGUCUGUCAAAUUUUACCUGACAAAUUCUCUGUCUCUCUCAGGACCUCUCUCUUGUAUGUUGGAGUCAAUCUUGCUUCACUAUUUGAAUGGGACGGGGCCAUUCCAUCCGUAUUGACAGUUCAUUGAUCAUAACACUGUAAAUUCUUGCCGGAAUAAAUUCCUUACUAUAUA